AGUAAAAUCCCGCCCAUGCUUUCGUUUCAGUGUAUACGCAAUACAUCUGUCAAAAUUUUCGUGUCGAUCAUCGCAAAAAAUGUUGUGAAGUGCAAGCUUACAUCUAAACAGAUAACACUGAAUCAACCAUUUGACGCCACAAUACACGGUCCGCGGCCACAUUUCUCCAUCCUCGAUUGCGCCACACGCUCGCUCAUUCUGCACCUGGUCCGCCCACCUCGCUCGCUGCGUUCCACGCCUUCGUGUGCCUGCCGGAUCGGAAGCGAACACCAUCUUCGCAGGGUUGCUGUCCGGCAUUCUUGCAACAUGCCCUGUCCAACGUACUUUUCCGGCUUUGGUUACCUUCUGGAUACUGGGUUCGCCGUAGAACUGGACGAGCCGACACACACCGUCCUCUUGCACACCGCCAAAAGUUGUCCUAAGCACUCCGAGUGCUUGCAAUUCCUCUUCGAGCAUGGUCCAAGUUUCGUGCCCGUAGAGGACUACCGGUCUUAUCAGCGUUCGGUACAUGAGUAUUUCGGUGGAUUCGACGCACCAGUACCGAGGACCUACCGAGAAAAACCAUCCUGGAAGCAGGAGCAGCAUGACGUGAGUCGCAAAGUUCAAGCCCCAUUCGUGAACACUCAGCUGAUUCCGAAUGUUCGGAAGAAUGUCUCCAGCGUCCCGGCAUCGAUGCCGCAAGUUUUGAUUAGUGGAUGGCCGAAUCCCAUUUGCGUCAAUUAAAACUUGUAACCGAUCCACUUUGUCCAUUUCCUGCACUAAGUAGUGGCAAAUUCGCUGCGCCACCUGCUUCAAUGGUAGGUGCGACAUUGCGAAACUGUUCAAUUUGGCCGCCAAGGAGAACGGAAGAGCCCUGAAUGACCGAACCUGUCCGAAAUGUGUCACCGCUAUUAAAGAUACCCUCGCAGUUCAGACAACGGACAAUUUCACCGUGAAUAAAUCUGAACCCGAUGACUAAUCGAGCGGUACCGAACCCGCUUGAGCAAUUUGUCCGUCCCACGACAGGGAUUGCAAACUUUUCUGUACAAAUUGUAGCGUGACCAUUUGCGGGCUCUGCAUCGACGAAGGCCAGCCGCACGAACUGCACCACAUCGAUAAUUUUUCCAUCGUCUAUCGGGAGAAGAUGUCCGAGCUGGAAUCAGGCGAAAAAGUCUGUUGAAGCGCUGGGCGAGCAAACCUGCGAUCUGUCAAUGGAAUUUGGAACUGCUAGAGAAAGAAGGAGCCGUUGUCCUCAGAGAAAUCGACGUUGUUUCCGAGUCGUCUAAGCUGAAGGUGACUCGCCAGACGAGUAUUCGGAAAAAAAGGCUCCAAACACAGCUGCGAUUUUCUGCCGAGAAGUUGAGAGCUAUAUCGCGCACGCUGGAAAGGAUCAACACGCUACCUUCGAAUGACUUCUUGAAGGAUCUGUCGGAAUUGGAACUCCACGCAUCCGGAUAACACUCCGUUGAAGGUGGUGGACGACAUUGAGUGUGAUUUGGUUCCGUCAUACCAAUUCGGAAGAUACACAGCGACUGCUUUCUUCCAAGAAGGGGACACUAAUCACACAUUUUCAUCCCGUGAUAUUGUUUGUACCAUAAGGGCCGACGCCCACGUAGCGGUUUUACAAGCUACGUUAUCGCCGCGUCUACGCAAGGUACCCAGCAUCAAAUGUAGUCGUGCACACCGCACACGUAUACGUGUGCAUUACUCUAUUUGAUGCUGGGUACCUUGUGUGGACGCGGUGUUAACGCAGCUCAAAAAAACCGCUACGUGGACAUCGGCCCUAAAUCUGCUUAGAUCCGAUAAUGUUCAAGUAAUGCUCAGUCCAAACGACCCGGAAUAGUUGAAAUUCCCCCACAAGCUGAUAGUGAUAAUACCGAUUGUAUGACAAAUUGUGUAAUGCCAUUCCGCAGUAUUCCAUUUCGCGGAGUCCCACUAUGCGGGAACCCAUGUCCCGGAGUGUGACAUUGCGCGAAAUGAUGCAUUUCGCGGAACAACAUUUCUCGGAAUGACCCAUUUUGCAGAAAAAUUGAAUAAACUAUUAUUUUGUGCAUUUUGAAAAAGCAGAACCAGUUUUUGUUAUGAUUGGGAGAACGAGUUCAUGUAUAGAAGGCCAAUAUAAAUAUGUUUCAAUAUACCGGGCAAAUGCGCGGUCAUUCCGCGGUAUGUCAUUCCACGAAUGGUUAAUUUCUGCGCAAUGUAUUGUCGCGCCGCCACUAAACCGGACCGCGCGAUUGAGCACUCGCGCUGUGAAGCGAGUCGCGAUAAUUCGAAUUACGUUAUUAGUAGUGCGCAUCAUGCGCACUAAUCUAAAUAAAAUGCGACGUCUGAUAACUGCAGAUAUUUUAAUUUUAUUGAAAACAUAUUUCCGAUUUUCUACCAUACACGGAAUACGUUCCGUGAAUUGAUUUUCUGGGAAAUGUCACAUUCCGCGGAAUUGCAUUCCGCAUUGUCAUACAACCAUAAUACCACAUAUGGACUCAGUUAAAGGACAUUCGAGUUAAACAGAAUAAUACUGCAUUUGAUGUUGCA